AUGUCUGCACACAUAUCGCUCACCAAGGAUACCCGAUCUAUAUCGUUCGACGGUAUGAAAAUCAUAUAUGACAGCUAUGGGGUUGGUUACCAUACCCUUGUUUUUAUACACGGAUGGAGCUGUAAUCGUGAGCUGUGGAGUGAGCAAGAACCUAUUUACAACAAGUAUCGGUCAAUCCUAGUCGAUCUUCCCGGCCACGGGGCGAGUGAAGCCCCCCUAAAUGUGGAUUAUAAUAAUGAGAUGUUCGCUCGUGCAAUAAACGAAAUACUACAACAUGAGCGCAUCACACAAGCAGUCCUAAUAGGGCACAGCAUGGGCGGUCCUAUAGCCACAAUGGUAUUGCGCCUAUUCCCUCAUACAGUCUCGGGAAUAUUCUAUGUCGACUCAUUCUGGAAGUAUCCACAAGCUUACUUGACUCUAAAAGAGCGCGAAGAGCUUAAGGCCAAAUUAUGGGAUGAUGAAAAAUUCUUUUCUAUAAUCAGCGCACUGUUUCGUGACAAUGAUGAUAUGGACAACUCUGUCAGGAAUACUGUGACUAAGGUAAUGAUGACAACACCAAAGCACGUCCGUGUUUCUGUUGUAGCUACGGAUGCGGUACCCCAUGCUCUUGGAUAUGAUGACGUAUUUAAUAUUCCUGCAGUCCAUGUGGUCUCCGAGAGGUACUCGAAUAUCGACAAAAUGUGGUUACAUCAUCUCCCACAACUUCACCUUGCAGUGUGGCGGGAAGCGGGGCAUUUUCUCCAAAUUGAAAAUCCAGAAGCCUUGAAUAAACUUGUGAACAAAUUUUUAGUGGAUAAUAAUCUGCUACAAAACCUCUCAUAG